GCGUUCCUGCGGGGCGCGCGGCCAUGGGCGAGGGGUGGCUGGCGGCGGAGUGCGGCCCGCAGGGCAACCGCUCGUCGGGGCGGCAGGAGGCCGGCGGCGGGGCCGUGUCGCAGCAGUGGGCGGUGGGCAUGAGCCUGCUGAUGGCGCUGCUGGUGCUGCUGACGGUGGCGGGCAACGUGCUGGUGAUGGCGGCCAUCGGGCGCACGCAGCGGCUGCAGACGCUGACCAACCUGUUCGUGGCGUCGCUGGCCUGCGCCGACCUGGUGAUGGGGCUGCUGGUGGUGCCCUUCGGGGCCACGCUGGUGGUGCGCGGCUCGUGGCUCUGGGGGUCGUUCCUCUGCGAGUGCUGGACCUCGCUGGACGUGCUGUGCGUGACGGCCAGCAUCGAGACGCUGUGCGUCAUCGCCAUCGACCGCUACCUGGCCGUCACCUCGCCGUUCCGCUACCAGAGCCUGAUGACCAGGGCGAGGGCCAAGGGCAUCAUCUGCACCGUCUGGGCCAUCUCCGCCCUGGUCUCCUUCCUGCCCAUCAUGAUGCACUGGUGGCGGGACGAGGACCCGCGGGCGCUGGAGUGCUACCAGGACCCGGGCUGCUGCGACUUCGUCACCAACAGGGCGUACGCCAUCGCCUCGUCCGUCGUCUCCUUCUACAUCCCCCUCCUCGUCAUGAUCUUCGUGUACCUGCGCGUGUACAGGGAGGCCAAGGAGCAGAUCCGCAAGAUCGACCGCUGCGAGGGACGCUUCUACAGCGGCCAGGAGCAGCCGCCGGCGACCCCGCUUGCCCACCACCAGCCCGUCCUGGGCAACGGGCGGGCCAGCAAGCGGAAGACCUCCCGCAUCAUGGCCAUGAAGGAGCAGAAAGCCCUGAAGACUCUGGGCAUCAUCAUGGGAGUGUUCACCCUCUGCUGGCUCCCUUUCUUCCUGGUGAACAUCGUCAACGCCUUCGACAGGGACCUGGUGCCGGACUGGCUCUUCGUCUUCUUCAACUGGCUGGGCUACGCCAACUCCGCGUUCAACCCCAUCAUCUACUGCCGCAGCCCGGACUUUCGCAAGGCCUUCAAGAGGCUGCUCUGCUGCCCCCGCAAAGCGGACCGGCAGCUGCACGCCAGCGGCGGCCAGCUGGCCCCGCUCCCCGGGGGCUUCAUCAGCACCCUGGGCUCCCCCGAGCACAGCCAGGGGGGCACCUGGACCGACUGCAACGGGGGCACGCGGGGCGGCAGCGAGUCCAGCCUGGAGGAGAGAAAUAGCAAAACGUCCCGCUCAGAGUCCAAGGUAUAGGGGGGGGGAGUCGGGCAGGGGGCGCGGGGCUCGCCGUGGCCAGGGGAAGAGCGGGGCAGGAGCCCGGUGGGGACGCUGACGGUGGGGACACUGACGCCAGCCCAAGCUGCGCUCUGCCUUGGCUGGGAGAGAGAGCCGGUGUUUACUUACGAAUAAAAGCAGGUGAAUUGCGUACGACAUACCUCAUCUGAAGCUAAAAGCAAGCAGGAAGCUCGCUGGCCGGAGAACAGAAAAUAAAAACAGCCAGUCCCAAAGAUAACCAGAUUAUAUUUAGUGCUGAAAGAGACUUAGAUGCGGCCGGGCAGGAGAAAAGCUCUCCGGAGCCCGUCCCGUGGGCGAGCCUCCCCGCACGGCGCCGGCAGCCGGAGCCCAGGCUGGAGCAGCGGGAGGUUGGCCGCUGGCUGGCGAUGCAGCCAGGCGGGCGCAGGUCCCCCCUGUGCCAGGGGCGAGCAGGUGCCCCCAGUUUUAUUUCUGAGCCCUUCGGGACCAGUCCCACGCAGAAGUGGCCGAGGUCUGCCCGCGGGGCCGCACCGACCUGCCGGCCAGCCCCGCUAGCCGCGGGGAGGCUGCGCUCCCCUCCUCUGCUAGCUGGGACGACGACAGAAUUAAGAACGGGGAGCGCAGGUCUGUUGGGAAAGGGAAAAAAAAUAAAACAACCCCAAACUCUUCUGCUUUUUUUUUUUUUUUGCCCCUCUCUCUGCAUCAGCAACCAGUGAGUUGUUGUGCUUAUCUCUUUGGCCAGACAAUAGCAGUCAGGCUGGGAAACUUCUACCUCAAACUGUGCAUAUUGUACAGGGGAAUAAACGGGCCGUGUUUAUAUUAAACAGCGUAUUUACCUACCACUAGUAGUAUUUUAUGGAAAAGGGGGCUGGGGGGGGGGGAGGUUAAUGAGCCUUCUGCAGCUGGUUCGUUGUAAUUACAGAUGGACAGGGAAAAAAAAAAGUCCUGGCAGCAACAAAAAUUUACUGCACAAUUUUGGAAAAUGGCAACAAAGCUGUUGUUUUGCACAGUAUUAAGAAUUGUAAAGUUUUUUCGAAGAUGUUCCUUGCACACUCAUACACACAUGCAAAUUGAAAAUGAAACAGAGGUUUAAAUAACACCAAACCUGAAACUGAUUUCUGUUUUGGUCUGAUCUGUUAUAGUUUUAUCGAGAGAGUGACUUUUUACAUUAUUUUAUGAAGGUACUGUACAUAGAUCCAUAUUAUAAAUUAAGAUCUCUUAAGGGACUUUUAUUAUUUUUAUUUCCAAGUGCCCACGUGAACCUGCUGUUAUUUUAGCACUUGUGUGACAUUUCCAUUUUCCUCUGUGUGUGUGUUUUAUAACCUAUUUAUACUCUGGUGCAAUUUACUACUGUGUAAGUAAUUGGUGUAUGUGCAAUAAAUACCACUGCAGCACAAGCAAGCGUGUCUGUAUAGGUUUUGAAACAAUACCUACGUAUAAUGGGAAGACCAGCAUUUGUUUUUCUCUAAAGAUGGCUCAGGUUACCAAUACAACUCUAUCUAAUGGCUUUUCCUGACACAGGACUGUAAAAAACGUGUUUGAAACCCAAUAAGGUUGCAUUCCUGUUGCGCCGAGGUCUGCCCACUUCCCUUAAAAUUAAUGGCUAAGCGACAAGGUGUUUCCAGGCUGAUAAUGCACGCGCUCCUUCUCUGCAACCGCGCUGUUCGGGGUCGUGCUCCCCUUUUUGCUGGGGUACGAGCCUGGGAGUCGGGGGACCAGAAUAGUUAAGACUACAGCAGAUGCUUACUUCGAAAGUUAAACGGGGCCUUGAGUGGGAAGGGGUCUCGUGGUGCUCGUGCUGUGACCGCUGGUGUAGGGCUGAGCUUUGGGUCCCUGGUGCAGAAGGUUGCCUGCCCCUACUGCUGUGUGAAGGCACGCCGUGCCCUCGUGAGUCCGUAACGUUUUCAUUACUGCAAUGAAUACUCGGCAGAUAGAGCAACCAAAAGGCAGUGUAAAACACCUCCUAAUGUCAGUGCAGAAUGAAAGUGAGCCAUUUUUAGCUUUAUUACACUCAGAAGCACAGUUAAAUCACAAGUCAGCUCCCAGGAAGAGUGCUUCCCAAGGUGAGAUCUGUAGGGCAGAGAGAGAGGUUGAUUUGGUAACCAUUUUUUUUAAAGGAAUUUGUCUUUAGCAACUUCUAAUAAUGUAUUUUAAGGAAAAAAAAAAGAUAAGUUGUGCUAUUUAUGCAAGGACAAAAUAAAGGAACUGGGGAGGUAAAUAAUCCUUUCGAGUUGAAUUAGCUGGGCUUCGGCUGCGAGCUGCAGGCAGGAGUUUCUCCUGUGGCAGCAGUGCGGUGGGCUCCUCGCAAUGCCACCGCGAUGGCAGGUCGGGUGCUCAGCGAAGUGUGCUCUGCCACCGCAGGGUUUGUUGGUUUUGGACCCCACGGACCUGCUUUUGUCUGCGAUUCCAGCAAAGUCACCGGGACUCCACGUGCAGGGACCGCGGCACCUGAUGCUGGUGACAGCGGGGAGGCGGCGGCUGCGUGCAUCGGGGACAGGACGGGACAGGACACGACGGCAGCGUGCCCAGCGCCAGCAGCGGCCCCGGCCCUUCCUCCCGGUGCACAUUGCUGGGUAGGGCAGGGCAGGAUCUGGCCCCAGCAGCCAGCUCUCGUGUCCUUAGGCUUUAGCAGGUGAUGAGUGUUUUGGCUCAACGGGGACUUCAGGUGGGAAACGUAGGGCUGGGACUUGCUCCGCUCAUCCUGCCGAAGAGCUGCACGGGGGUCACGCUUCCCCUGGCUGAGCACCACGGAUUUACAGAUGUUGAAGGCAGGAUGAGCGCUGCCCGUUGACCCCAGCAGGGCCAGGUGUGUGUGCACAGCGGUCAGGAUAUGUCCCCCGAUGAGUUCCAGCCAUUUGAUGACCUUCUGGGAGCGCCCGGAGCCCGCAUGUCAAAGCCGUAGCAGACAGUGAAGACGACCCAGCUGGCAGCAAGGAUGGGGGCUGCGGGUCUGUCCCGUAGGGUGCCGCAGUGACCCCACAGAUGCAGUGGGAAAUGGAGCAGGCAUGUGUACAAGCAUGGGCAGCUGCCGGAAAGCCAGCGGCGUGGAUCCCCCUCGGGACAGGCUGUCCUUUGCUGCCGGUCAAGAAGCAAACCUGCAGACUGCUACAGGGCAGCCGACGUGCUCUGGAGGCUUGCAGUGAACGUACGUACUUCUGAGGAAACAGCCAGAGCCUGUCGGGACCAAAAUCAUUCGAGCAGGGUGCCUGAGACGUGCGUGUGUCAGCGGCCGGAUCCUCAAAGGCGCCGGUCGCUCUCUUGGCAGUGUUUGCACAGCGCGUCUGAGAAGUAGGCUGCACCCCUCCGGGUGCCUAAAUGGAAAUAGCAGGUGGGACGCCCGUCUUCGUUUCGUGGUGUGUUCGGGGGAGCUGAGGAAGAGGGGAGAUGGAUGUUUCCGAGGUCUGGAUGCACCGACAGGCGCCCGGCACAACAGCGCUGGGGCUGCAGGAGCGCCUCUCGAAAAUUCACUGCUCUUAAGGCCUGUGACCCCGGCUGUUAGCUGACUGCGGGUUCACACCGAGCUGUAACUGAUGAACCAAUGAAACUAAGCACGAAAAAUGUGGCUUAAAAUUAGGAUCUUAGCAGUGCCCACAGCUCACAUAGGAUUUAACAGCAUCAGCCAUCGGUUGGUGAUACAGCACGCUCUGCUGCUUCUGCAAGCAGCUGCUUUCCCUUCGGGGUACCUCUCUGUUUUCAAGUAUAGGGACUACUUCUUUAUCAGCUUUUCUUUUUUCCUUUUUUUUUUUUUUUGCUAAACCCUAUCAGAAGUUCACAUUUUAUUAAUAACUUUUAAGUGGCUAUUUAUUUUGCAAACCUUCCUCGUGCUGCACGCUUUCCUCAUUUAUUGUAAUUUCCUGCCCAGCAGAGUGCACUUACUUCCUUUAUGUAACAUAUCAAUUGCAGGGCUGGAAAUCGCGCAGCUAUGAACUAAAGGAGCGCUUUCUUGAGGCCAAAUGCGGUCAGGCAUCAUUGCCUCUGGCAGCAGAACUUGACCUGAUAAUCUAAUCUUUUCUGAGAGAGUAUCUCCAGAAAAGUAUUGUUACCAGCAGAAAAUGACCUCUGUUAAUGAAGCCGGAGCAAUUAGUCCUAUCCGAAGCUGUCAAGAAAAUGUUAACUGCUAAACAACAGUUAACACUGGAUAGCUGGAAUAGUAAGUGUUUUGUUUGCCGAUGUGUGUUAGGUGAUGUGUUGGGAAAUAAUUAUCCUUUGACUAGCAGCCAGCUUUGUGCUAAUCAGAAAGAAGUCGUGUUCUGUUUGAAGGAUUAUGCCUAAAAAUAGUUCUGCUACAGCCACAUCAAUGAGUGAAAUGAAGCAAAUUCGCAGAGACAUACACACCUUCUGAAUAUUUCACUCAGAGUCCUCAAAACUCUUUGUUCAGUGGGAACUUUCUGUUUGAUCGUGGCAGAGGCACUAAUGCGACCUCCUGGGAUCGCACUCAGCGUGCUCUCCCCGAGGAGCAUUACCCUAUGCACCACUGACUCGCUUUCAGGGCCUGCCAAAUUCCGAAAUGCCCAAGGAGGAAGCGAGGAGUCCUCCUCUGCGUGUAAACAGUCGCACAGAAUGUAAGAUCAACACCGUUUGCAAUAACGGCCUCGCCGAAGAAAUCGAUCUGCUUUUUAUUUGCGGGGCUGGCGUGCCCGUUUAUUUGCCUGCCUGCCCGAGAGGAACCGCCAUGGUUUGCUCUCCGUCCAGGGGCUGUCGGACGGGGCUGGAAAAAGUGACUGGGACGAGAAAACGGUGAGAAAGGCGAUGCUGGCAGGCAAACUUCGAGCUGUCAUUUGCAAACAGUAAAAACAGCGACAUCAGCAUUGUAAUAUAAUUUUGUGGGGAAGGCUGGCCACUCUUGGUAGGGAUGCACCAGGUGGGCACACCACAGAAACGCGGGGUAAGGAGUGUAGGAGAGAAGACUCUUUCCGUACAGGCCUGUGCCACCAAGAGAAUGGCAGCUGAAACAUGCCCCAGACAUUCCUGAAAGUUUUUGACUCUUUUUGGGCAGCAGCAGGAAACCAGACCGAACCUGAGCAGCGUCUCAGCAGCCGUGAAGCUCCCUGGCCGCCCGCAGCACUGGGGGACCUGCGUCUCCUCCCCAAGGGGCUCCACUUCGCCCCCAGCUUGGCCUGGAGACCUCCCACAGCCCGGGCUGGCAUCUGGAGCCACAGCCUUGGUCCCACAAAGGGACGGACCCAUGGCACCAUGGUGGUGGCACCUCGGCGGGUCGGGCUUGCCGAAAACGGGAGCGUUGGGAUUUGUUACAUAAAGCAUCCAUGGCUCUGCCGGCACUCCGAGGCACUCUCCCUGCCAUCUCCUCAUCCCAGCGGCUCGCUGCAGGCCUCUUCACGUUGCCGUUUGUCUGCCCUGCCCCAGCACCCCGCAGCAGCCACCCGGAGCCAUGCCCAGGCAGGAGCCCGCGACCCAGCCCUGGUGCGGCCGUGCCCAGCCCUGGCCGCAGGAUACUCGGCGCUACGAGCUCCGGCUGCCCCACGGGAAACGUCCCGGCCUCGAGGUCAACAACCCGAGGGAGAACUCCCACAGGCUUCUGCCCCCGCCGCGGAGAGGAGCGUGUUGCGGGCGUAGUGGUGUGCCUCUCCUCCCCGAGCCUGUGUGAGCUCCAAAUCCCGUCACCCUUAAUGAGAUUAAAUGAGGAUUUCCUCCCGGCUCGGUGCUCCUGCCAUCAGCCGCUCUUCUGCGCCUCCAGGCAGCGAUGUACCUGUGCGUGCCCGGCCCUGUGUCUCUCUCAGAGCAAUGCUAUUUAGUCUUCUUACCAAAAUUAGUUUGAUGAUUGGUCCUAAGCUCGUUGGCACGAUGCUUCGAGAGGUAGAUGUAUGUGAAUACAGCAGGGAGGCGGUCAGAGCCGCUAAGGGGCCCAAAACCUCAGCAGCUGCUGGGUGAAUAAAUCCUGCAGCUAGAAACAAGCCAGUUGAGGGCAGGGAGAGUGCUGCAGACCCCUUGGGGCUGUCAGCCGUGCUUCCUCCAGCUGGGACUACAGAAAACAAACAAUUUGCAAUGUGGUAAAUUUUUUUAAAGUGCUUUGUGGUCAAAAUUUCUAGAGUGCUUCUCAAGAAGAAGGGAUUCCCGCUCCUUCCAGGCUCUCCUCGCCGCUGCGACCGGUGGGGAGGAGAAGCCGUGGUGGAGAGUGGGACCUCGGAGGUGUUCCUGCCUGGGUGGGAGGGCGAGCACGGUGACAUGAAGGUAUGUGCCAACCUACGUCCCCACGCGAGGUUACCGAACCAGGCAUUGUGCUUGCGAGGGAGGGGCGCUUCCUCUUGGACGGCAGCAGGUAAAUUGGGAGACGUCCCACAAAGCUCCCAUUGUUUAGCAGCCCGGCCGCUGUCCGAGCCCGGCUUUCAAGGAGGGAUGUGUUGUUUGUCUGCUCUUCCCCUAACGACUCGCUUGGGAGCCUUCAAAUGAGGUCUCCGUCAGCUCGCUUACGCCACUGAGGGCAGUGCCCUCGCCGAGCAGAGCGGUGGGGAGACCUCGUCACAGCCCAGACCGAGCUCCAUGGGUACCACUGCAGGCUCCAGUUCCCAGACUGGGACAGCCAGAAACCCCGUUGAUCCCAUCUGCUUGCGAGUCAGACCCACCUGGCUUCGGGAAGGUGGCUGCAGAAGUGGAGCUCAGGUGGCCCCCCUGAGGGUCCCUUCACGGCCACCCUGCUGGCAGGGCCGGCAGCACCUCGCUCUUUUCCAUGGUCACCCCAGCUGGGUGACAGCAGCACUGCCUAGCUCACAGGAGGUAGGAUAAAAAAGUGCAUCAAAGUGCUCCCAGCACCAGCGGGGAUCAAUAGGAUUGCGCAAAAUAUUCAGGCUUUUUGGAGCUUUGAUGAAAUAAUAUUCGGCGCAAGGCAGCUGUGGUAACUGCCGGUCACAACAGGUAUUGUGACAGUGCUUCAAACCACCUCGAGAGCGUCCAGGGAGAGCUUUUGUUCCUCUUUCGCUGCCAGCUGGUUGCCAGCGAGCUGGGAGCAGGGUGAGCACGUCUGCGGUUUUCGGCACCGGCCCGUCCAAGGGGGGCUGGUGCCCGGCCCCGUGGCAAGUCCCUGCCUGGCCGGGCUCUGCUGCCUCUGCAGCCGCCGGGACAACGGGCUCGUCUGGGGGCGAAGCAGCCUUUCCGGGAAAGAUUUAUUUCAGCUGGUCCACGUGGGUUGCGUGAGCACGGGCGAUGGCACGAAGGAAAUGGGAAGGUGCGGAGUGACGGGGCUGAGAUCAUCUGUUUUGGUGGCGGCCCAGAUUUCAAUCUGCUGGGUGGGAUCACAAGCCGCGUGUCUGGUGCUGCUGUGGGAGCCGAGAUGCAGACCAGCACCCCCUGGCCUCUUAUUCUGCCUGCCCGGGGCAGGUGCAGUUACACGGCACAGAAGAGCGUGGGACUGACUCGUCGGGCGCUGGCAGAGCCCUGGACCAGGGGAGCUGGAGGAGAACCUGGUGGCAGCACCACGCCAUCCCCAGCUGCAAGGGGGUGGCACGGCACCAAGCCACGGGCAGCGGGUACAUAACUCCCCAGGAGGAGCUGCCCUGCUCGAGCGGUGUCCUUAGGGAGAUCCCAGCACCGAUGGGCACUGUAACACUGCGAGGGACUGUGAGCCAUCCCCAUCACGCGUGGCUUCUGGUGGGUGAAACCUCGCUGCUGUUAUUCCUGUGCACGCCGCUCAUGCAGGAGCAAGGAAUGCAACGAUAAAAAGGCUGGGAUAAUUUCAGCGCUGGAUUGUUUCCAUUAAUACAUCUCUCGUUAUAUAACGCUUCCAUCACGCCACAAAAUCUCAGGUGCCUUUUAGGAACGUUUCUACAUCACCGUAAUUAAGCAAGGAGCACUGCGGAGCAGGCUGGGCAUCGAUCAGAUACUUUUUAAUUGCACCAAAUGUGCUCGUGCUCUUGCACGGCGUGGAUUUCUUCGACUUUACGUUAUGAGGCACCUCAUAAGUGAACCGGUUGGUGUUGUCAAAUGCAUGCCAUUAACACGGGGAGACGAUAAUGCGCUCGGUGGCCCCCGCGGGGUCUGUCACACCGCCCGUCUCCAGAUAAAGCCCCUGGAAGGAGAACAAUGGCGCUCCGAAUUCCUUGUGACCUCCACUCUUUGGUGCUGCGCCUCCAAAGAGAAAAAUUACCAUUAUCGGCAUGGCUCAACCUCCCUUUGAAACGCGGUUAUUUUUUACUCAGACGUUCCAAGUAUUUUUUGUGUGAUAUCAGUGAGAAACUUGAAACCCCAUUUGAGGAGCAAAAGAUUUCCUGCAGCCCUGCUAUUAAAGAAAAUGGAUAGAUCAAGUAGUAAAGUUCAAUGACUUACUUAGCAUUAAAUAAGAAAGAGAAUAAUGAAUGGGAUUUGGCGUGCCUGUUUUCCCUCUGCAGGGAGCAGCCAGGGUAAUGGAUUUGCAUUGCCUUCUGCUGCUGUUCAUCCAUUUAGGUGAGUCCAAAACACUGCUGCAGGUUUUAGUUUUUAUUUUUUGCUCUCGUUUCUCUGCUCACUUGGUAAAACUUCCUAUGUACAGAGCCUCCCACAGAUGGGUUUGCCACCAUCAGCAACAUCCUGACCGGUGAGAAGAUACCUCUGCGUCCAGUGACGACUCGUGGCCUGCUGCAUGGACAUGGACAUCUGUAUUUUACACUAGGGGCUGCGAGUGGGCAAUUCCUCGCUUAGGGUGGACGCUAGUUUCCUUGUAUUAUGAGCUCAGCCUUUGACAUCCUUCAGGAGAGACAUUAUUUCCCUACCCCAUCUGGGUUCUCCAAAAAGUGGUUGGGUGUCCAGCCCACCCCGCUUUGUUUCUGGGCCUUGCCGAGCGCGCCGUAGUGAUUUUAUUGGGGAAGGAAGGGAGGUGGUGUAGGAGGAAACUAUCACAAAGCCAUAGAACAUAAACAGCUUUCUCCUGUGAGCUCCAAACACUGCUCGGCAAGGCAGAGGUUAACGCUGGGGGGAGGACGGGGGACUCAUUAGGGCACAGACAUAAAUAGCAGCCCGGGAAGGGAUGCAGGGCUGAACCCAGACAGGGCAGGCGCCCUGAGCUUGCCGAAAGCCCUCUGCUCUGCUGCCCUCUGGGUCCGGACCUGGGUCCUCACUGCGGCAUCCCAAAGCAGGGGAUACCCCACAAGAACCCCACGUAACCGACCAGCCGUUCAAAGGUGAGCCCAAAACGUGCUCAGGUCACCCAAAGGCUUUCUACGGGGCCACAAACCUCCGCUGCUCCCACCUGCCCCUUCCUGCCCCAAACCUUGCCGGGGUCCAGCAGCGCCUGCCCGAGCCGGGAGCUGCUCCCUGCCCGCUCGGAUGGUCAGAGCAGGAUUUCCGUUUUCCUACCAGCCUCGGUGCCGCGGGCUUUCAGGUUUGUUUUUCGUCCGAAUGGGAAAUGCAUAAUGAGAAACUGUUUAAACAACUUGUGGUACAAGGAAACUCGCUGGAGUAGAGCACAACGUUAUAGCUCGUUCCCAAGGAAAUGAUGCACUUUCCAAAGGCGCUCCUCUCCAGCACUGCAGUUAAAGUUGCAGGACAUGCUCGGGUCCCUUUCCAUGCUGCCUGCAGCCCUUGUCCAGGUCUGAGCACGGCACACGAGUGGGGCAGGACUGUGCCAGGACCACCGGCAGGUGACGAAGCCUUGUGCUGCACCCAUCAGGAGUCACGGCAGAUCUUUGCACGCAGCAGGAUGCUCGGCGAGGUGUAACUGUGCUGGUGAACAGGCGCCGGGCAGCGUUACACGAGCCCCCUGCCAACGGAUACGUUAAGAUACACACAAAUGUUAGCAAGGGCGUUUCCUCUGCAGUAUUUUAAAUCACCCACGUCCGCUGUGGGGACCACGCCGACGCCACGCACCCGCCUCCCCCUGCCCCAGGCUGCGAGCAGGGCACGGCCGAGUGCCUGAGCCCCGGGGGGGGUCUGGCUGUCAGCGCUGCCCCGACUCCCGGGUACUCGCCUGGGUGGGUCUGGACAUCCUGGUGCUGCUGAAGGGAAGCCCAGGAACCACUAAAGCCCCGAAGGAAUUAUCUCAUGCUAUUUCCAGCCGUGCUUUUUAGAUACAAAGGGUUUCAGAUCAGAUCUUUUUUUUCUGAAGCUUAUCUGCGCGAAUAGCUGACUGCUUAUCCAAACAGAACAAAAACCUUCAAACCUUCCGAGGUCCAUCCAUCACGAGCCUUAUCUCCUCACGUCGCUGCAUGGCUCCCAGCUGCUGAGAGCCUCCUGCUCCCCAAAGCUCCCCUCUCUUCACCAUCUCUCCUCUCCGGGGGGCUUCACAGCAUUGCCCACGGUCCCCUGUUUAGCUCCUGCCACUCCAGCGACAGC